ACAACGACAGCUGAUUGGAUGACUGGUGACGGAUACGCAGAAGAAGAGGAGACUGAAUAUAAACAUGGGCCCGCAUAACUAUGAAAUAGAGAGAACAAUGUAAUAGCAGGAGGUUUAACUCUUACAUAGAUAGAAGUUUUAGUUAAAGUAAUUGAUCUUCUCUUGGUGAGACAUAACGUGACUCCGUAUGAUUAUUUAAAGAGAUGUCGCGGCUUCCUCCGUUCUUCAGCCUUAUGUUCAGUGUGUCCAGACGGGUCAUGUGGAGAGGUUCUCCCGGUAUCUCUCCACUGCUGAGACCGCACCCACCUGUACUGACAUGUGUUGUGGCAGCAGGUAAAAAGGACCUGAAAGGCCUUCCUGUCCUGAACGAGGACGAGCUUGAAGAGCAGUUUGUGAGAGGAUCUGGACCCGGAGGACAGGCGACCAACAAAACCAGCAAUUGUGUGGUGCUCAAACACAUCCCAAGUGGGACUGUUGUCAAGUGCCAUCAAACCAGAUCUGUGGAUAUAAACCGAAAGCGUGCUCGGGAUAUUAUGCGACAGAAACUUGAUGUUGUUAAUAAAGGAGAACUCAGUGAAAUUAUUGUAAAGCAGAAAGAGUCUGAGCUGAGGAAACAAGAAAAGAGAAGGAAGGCAAAUGAGAAUCUGGAGAAAAAAAGACUCUUUAAAGAAACCAUGGCUGCAGACUCCAAACCUGGAAAUGAUGCUGUUUAAAAUGUUUGUGUGGAAAACAGAAUGAAUACUUGAAUACUCAA